AAACUGAACAAAAAAAAUCUGUUAACAGUUUUCACAUCCAUGGCGUCUUCACUACCACUGAGUUUCCAUAUCUUCACCUCAAAUCUCCAUAACAACACUUACACACCUAAAUUCUUCUCUCUAAAAAACUCCUCGGCAUCCUUCUCUGUAUCUCACGUUUGCUACAGUGGUUCGCCGGAACGGGAGGAGUCGCGGUGGUUAAGGGAAGAGCAGCGGUGGUUGAGGGAGGAGCAACGGUGGUUAAGAGAAGAGAGAAGGUGGGAAGCGGAGCGAGAAGCUUUGUUGGUUCAAAUUCGGGAGUUACAGCUUCGUGUUAAGGAGCUUGAGAGUAAUAGGGAUUCGCUUCUUCCAGAAGCUACUUCUGUAACGGAGACGGUAGCUAAUAUUGCUAAGUUAUUGCAGAUGCUGAAGGAGGGGGAGGGGGGAAAGAAUGUAACUGUGAUUGCCGAAACUGGGUCGAUUGCGUUGCCAUUAGUUUUAGAAGCAGCAAAGCAAAAUGAGGUUGUUGUCAAGGAAGCACCACAACAAGAGAAGGUGAUCAGGGAAGUUCCUAAAGAGUCAGAAGGAGAGGGUAACAAAGCCAAGAAGAAGCGGACUUUGAAAAUGGGAUCUGAAGGAGAUGAAGUUCGACUGCUGCAGGAACAAUUGUUAAAAUUGGGCUUUUAUUGUGGUGAAGAAGAUAUGGAAUUCUCCAGCUUCUCUAGUGGGACUGAGCGUGCUGUGAAAACUUGGCAGGCUUCAUCUGAUUUACGAGAAGAUGGCAUUAUGACUUCCGAACUUCUUGAAAAAUUAUAUAUGGUGCAAAAUAUUGACAGAGUGAAGGAAAAUCCCAAACAACCAGAUGGAACUGAAGCUAAGACUAGUGCAAAUGGUGCACCAAUUGCAUCUAUCAUGGAAAUAGAGGAAGUUCAGCAGACCAUUGUGAAAGAAGAUGGUGUAUCUGAAACUGAGGUUUCACACCAUCGAGUCUUUCUCCUCGGAGAGAACCGAUGGGAAGAACCUUCCAGACUUUCUUCAAGUAAGAAACCAGCAGAGACUACUAGUGGCAGUACCACCACGACGUGUAUUACUUGUCGUGGAGAGGGUCGCAUAUUAUGCAUGGAAUGUGAUGGGACUGGUGAACCAAACAUUGAGGAACAGUUUAUGGAAUGGAUAGAUGAAGGAAUGAAGUGUCCUUAUUGUGAAGGCCAUGGAUUCAUAACUUGUGAUGUUUGUCAAGGCAAAAAGAUAAUGCAAGCUUAGUUUUCAAAUUUUGAUUCUUCACCUUUGGAGGUAAAUUGUAUAAUUUUCGCAAGUAUCAAAGAUUAUACCGAUGCUAAAGUUGUAAAUUAUAUUAAUUGAAGUAUAUCUUGGUACAUCAAACAUAUCUUUAUGAUUGAAAAAUCUUCUAUUCCGUGUUGAGUAAAACUAAGACAAACAAAUUGAAAAGGCAAGUGCAAUAACAACGUUCUCACAACUAGGAUCUAUUGAGGGUAAAGUGUACAUAGACCUUACCCCUACCUCGUGGAGGUAGAGAGACUAUUUCCGAAAGACACUCAACUCAGAUUGGGGAGUACAAUAUUAACACCAAAUCACUGCUUGAAACUUGCUGCUGGUAUAAAUAUAGAAAAACCCAAGCUACUUUUUAUUCAACAUGCAGAUAUUACUAUUGCCAACAUUUCCCUGUUGGUCCUCAAACGUAUUCAAAACCACAAAAACAAAUCGCACCAUGUAGCUAAUACUAUGAAGAGGGGUUGUAAAUACUGAAUGUAGGUGUUCUUUUUUUCCUCAUGAAAUCACCCUUUUUUAAUGUGGUAGUAUAGUUUUAUCACAUCUUUGGUUCCUCAGAGG